AGAAAAUAUGAGGAUGAUGCUGCGUUUAGCUGUGUGUGUAGCAGGAGUCUUACUUCUCAACAUAUCAGGCUCACUCUGCCAGUUAGAUGUGUGCGGCAGAGCGCCACUCAAACCCAGGAUUAUUGGUGGGCAAACUGCCAUGGCAGGCUCUUGGCCAUGGCAAGUGAGCAUUCAUUAUAUUCCAACUGGAGGUCUUUUAUGUGGUGGGACUCUAAUCAAUCGUGAAUGGGUUUUGUCUGCAGCCCAGUGUUUCCAAAAAUUGACAGCAUCGAACUUAGUAGUCCACCUGGGACAUUUGUCAACAGGAGACCCAAAUGUAAUUCACAAUCCAGCAUCUCAAAUCAUCAACCAUCCUAAAUAUGACUCGGCUAAGAACAAGAAUGACAUAGCGCUCCUCAAGCUUUCCACUCCUGUGAGCUUCACGGAUUAUAUUAAACCAGUCUGUCUGACAGCUUCUGGCAGUUCACUUGGUAAAGGUGCUGUGAGCUGGAUCACUGGAUGGGGGUCAAUUAAUACUGGAGGCACUCAGUUUCCAACCACCCUGCAGGAGGUGAAGAUCCCAGUUGUCAGCAAUGGUGACUGUAAAUCUGCCUAUGGAAGUUUAAUUACAGAUGGCAUGAUUUGCGCUGGACCGAACGAGGGAGGGAAAGGCAUAUGUGUAGGAGACGGUGGCGGUCCACUGGUUCACAACAGCUCUGAGCAGUGGAUUCAGUCUGGCAUUGCGAGUUUCGGUCGAGGCUGCGCACAACCCAAAAACCCUGGCGUUUUCACCCGAGUGUCUGAAUACGAGUCUUGGAUCAAGUCUCAAAUCAGCAAAGACCAGCCUGGAUUUAUCAAAUUUAAAGACAGUGCCAGCUCAGUCAGCUUCUCUGUAUUUUUAAUUGCACUUAUUCCUCUCAUCCACUCUCUGUUUAGUUAAAAAUUUAGCUCUUGAAGUACUCAAUGGUGAUAGUUAUGCAUUUUUCAGACAUUUUUCCACCUUUAUUCAUUAUAUUAUACAUGUAUAUGUGUAUUAUAUAUAGGUAAAAGGCACAGAUAGCAGAAGAGCUUAAAAGGGACUUUGUGUUGUAUUCUUCAUAUUUUGCAUUAAAACAUUCAAAUUUAAAGUACGAGCAUGUGAUGAUUUUUAUUGUGAUAAUUUAUAAAGAGAAAUUUAACAUUUAGUUCAUGAUUCAUAGUGUUGCAUAAUAUAUAAUAAUAAUAAUAAAGGAAUGCUAUCAGCGUGUUAUGUUUUAACACA